AAGUCGUCUUUCAGUGAAGUCUGUAUUUACAAUGAGAUUUCACCUAUUUGUUUUCAACUGCCUAAUUCUGCCACUUUUACGUCGAUCUCUUUGUUCAUUUGUGUCGAAUGAAGAAGCUUCAGCCCUCCUGCAAUGGAAGCGCACUUUUAUAACCCAAAACAAUGUCCUUCUAGCUUCAUGGUCCUUUCAACCUAAGGUCAACGCCAGUGCUUCUAUCCCCUGCUGCUUCUGGUAUGGUAUAUCAUGUCGCCGAGGUAGCGUCAACCGACUCAAUCUUACAAAUUCAGGUAUCAGCGGCACGCUCCAUGACUUCCCUUUUUCUUCUCUUUCAAAUCUCGAGUUUCUUGAUCUUAGUAUUAAUAAUUUAUCUGGAACUAUACCCAACAAGAUAAGUGGUCUUACUCGACUGAUUUAUCUUGAUUUGUCAAUCAAUCAGUUCUCGGGUCCAAUCCCGAGAGAUAUGGGGCUUUUGACAAACCUUCAAACACUCCAUUUGUUUGAUAACAAGUUGAAUGGCUCAAUCCCUUGGGAAAUAGGCCAGUUAGUUUCACUCACCGAACUUGCUCUGUAUUCCAACAAUCUUGAAGGCCCUAUUCCCAUUUCUUUUGCCAAUUUGACCAACUUGACUUCUCUUUUCCUUUACGAGAAUCGCCUCUCGGGUUCUAUCCCUCAAGAAAUCGGGAAUCUCCCCAACCUCGAGGAGCUUUACGCGAAUACAAACCAAAUUUCCGGUGAAAUUCCGGCCACAAUUGGGAACCUGACUAACCUCAGGGUACUGUACCUUUUCAAAAAUCAGUUAAGUGGCGCCAUCCCGCGGGAAAUCGGGAAAAUUAAAUCGCUCCAGAAGCUUAGCCUCCAGUCAAACAAUCUCUCCGGCUCCAUUCCUCCGUCAAUUGGAAACUUAACAGGCCUAACCCUCCUACAUCUCUAUGGGAAUCGACUCUCCGGUUCCAUUCCCCAAGAGGUGGGGAAUCUCAGGGGCCUUUACGAUCUCGAAUUGAGCAUGAAUAGGCUUAGCGGUGCAAUUCCGGCGACGAUCGGGAAUCUGAGUAAAUUGGAGGUUCUGUUUCUCCGGCUGAACAGUCUCGACGGUUCCAUCCCCGAGGAGCUUGGGAAAUUAGAGAGGUUAGGUGUUCUGGAAAUUGAUCAUAAUCAGCUCUUCGGCCCCUUACCAGAAAAUCUCUGCCGUAGCGGGAAACUACAGUACUUCACCACAAGCAACAAUAUGCUCUCAGGUCCAAUACCAAAAAGUUUGAAAAAUUGCUCUAGUCUAACUCGGGUUCGACUAAGCAAAAAUCAAUUCUCUGGAGACAUUUCUGAAGCUUUUGGCAUUUACCCAAACUUGCAGUUCAUGGAUCUAAGUGACAACAAUUUUCAUGGAGUGCUAUCCAAACAUUGGGGCUCAUCAAAACAAUUGUCAAAUCUCUGGAUUUCAAGAAACAACAUCUCUGGUAUUAUACCACCAGAGAUUGGUGAUAUUACUCAACUAACAUGGCUUGAUCUUUCAGAAAAUCACAUAGUUGGGGAAAUCCCAAAAGAAUUUGAAGAGCUGACUUUUCUGCAAAAUCUUGAUUUGUCUAAAAACAUGUUGAAUGGAUCAAUACCAGAAUAUAUGGGAGGAUUCAGGCACCUGUUAACCUUAAAUCUUUCUUGGAAUGGUUUGUCUGGUCCCAUUCCAACAGGAUUUGAGAAAUUGAGAAACAUAUCAUUUGUUGACUUAUCAUUCAAUAACUUAGAGGGCCAUAUUCCAAAUUUCAUGAAACAUAUGAAUGCUACUUUGGAAGGGAAUAAAGGUUUGUGUGGCAAUAUGGAUGGAUUUGAACCUUGUCAAAGUUCUCACUCUUCAAGAAAGGGUAAGAAAUUUGUUCAUGUGGUGAUAAUUGUAAUCCCAAUUAUUGUAGCACUUUCUAUGGCUCUAUUUGGAUUUGUGGAGGUUUACCACUUAUAUAGGAGAAGAAAACGCGCUGAAAAUGCUCAAAGUAAUGGGUCACAAGUCCUAGAGAAAAGGGUAGAACUUGAGUAAAAAGAAAGGUGAUUUCAAAUAUCCUAUAUUGAAUAAUUGAGUGUGAGUGUACUCUUGAAGAAUGUUUACUAUGUCUUUUGUAUUGUGUUGGACUACUUGCAUUUCAUGUUUUGUUCGCAUUUUAAGAAUGUAUUUAAUAUUUUAACACUCUCAUGUUGUAUUAUAUUUCACUUGUAAUCUUUGUUUGAAUUUAUAUUUUGUAAUAAUAUAUAGUCGUGUAUUUAAACCCCUUA